AUGCAAAUGUAUAAUAUCCAUGCUAAUGGAAUCAAAGAAAGUGAUGUGUGUGUAAAUCAGAGCCUGUACUGUGAAAUUGGGGACACUGACCACCCAGAAUUUGAAGACGAGGUAAGUUUAACUCAUUUACUUCCACUGCACUUUUUGCAGCAGAACAAUUAGGACCAUUCGAUAAGCAGGCAGGUCUGGUCAGCGGCCCAGUCCGGUGCUGCAGACCUUUAACAACGCUACCAGGUCCCUUUAAAAUCAGCAGUCAGUGCUGGAAGGAAAUGAGAGCCUGUCACUUAGUCCCAGGUUACAGACUGCAUGGGCCAGGAGGAUGGAGGAGGCACAUAGCGGAGAUGAGGAAGAGCACUGUAAACAGCACUGACAGCAUCAAACUCCCUUUAACCUCAGUCAGUCCAGAGAAGUCACCAUUCUGUACCCUAAAGGUAUGGAAGCAGGGGGAUGAAUAAAAAUAUGUAUUUUGCAACGUUUGUCUGUGUAGGUAUAUGUUUGUAUCUGUAUGUAUGAUAUUAUGGGUACGUGUGUAUCUGUGUGUUAGUGUAUUUAAACAUAUACAUCUACACUACAAAUACAGCCAUACACUGUUGCCAACACUACAUACAACCACAUCCUUGUAUUAAAACCCCAACAUUAUAUACAAACACACCCCGCAUUCGAACACCAAAAUUACACACAAAUGCACCCCUGCAUUCAAACGCACAUUCUACACAAGUGCACCACUGCAUUCAAGUGGCAACAUUACCUACAGGCACACAACUGUGUUUAUAUGACAAUACUGCAUGUACCCUACGUUCACACACUCACACCAUACAAAAACAAGCUUAAAUGCAAACAUACAAACACUGCUCACAAGUAAAGCCCUGGAAGAAUGGGCAAAUGGUAGAACCUCAGCUGGAAACACUUUGUGGGAGAUGUACAAUAGAUGGUAAUCUACAUUUUGACCAACUUUGCCCUGAGGGAGGGAUUUCUUGCACCAGAGCCCUCUCUACAUUAGUUACACCUCUGCACCAAAAAGCACUUCAAAAGCAUCUACUGGGUGAAGAAAUGUGGAAUUGCCAUUCAAGAAAAAGGUGACGACUCUUCUUUAACAUACGUAUAUGCUGAGAGGGUAUUGUAGGGGGUAGGUCCAGCAUUGUCAUGUAUUCAUCUGCACAUAAAAAUGUGAUUAAUGACAUUUACUGUUCUGACAGGAAAAGUUGUGCCGAGCAAAAUUACUGUCCUUACAGGAAAAGUUGUGCUGAGCACCAAUCAAUCCACAGGAGGGUUUGUGCUGAGCAGUAAUCAUGCAAAUAGGAACCUGGUAACUGCCUUUGGGGUCAAAGGCCAGUUACAACCAAUCGGAUCCACAGGCGGGGUAUUUAGGCCCAGUUCAAGGGGCGGAGCUUACCUGCCGGACAGACGCACUUCGCAAGAGCUCUGGGUGAUCCGAUAAAAUAUCAGAGAUUUUGCCACUCUGAAUCAACAUUCAAUUAACCAUACUGCUCCCAACACGUCUGGAACCUGUGGGCUGUGGUGUUCCCCUUCAGCUCGUGUUUGAAUUGCUGGUACUUGGCUGUCAUAGACCCGGACGGAACUGAGGCCUAUGAUGUGCGGGCAGAAGGGAGGCAGCAUAUCCCUCUGCUCCUAGGCUCACUGUUCCUUCACUGUUCCUUCAGGAGACCACCAGAGUAUCUCCUGUAGAGGAGAGAGAGAAGAUGAGAGAUAGCAUGCUCCAGGACACGAAACACCAAGUGGAGAGUCUGAACACGCAGGUUAAGCAGCUACAUAAGAUGGCCUCACUGGAAUCCAGACACCGCCGUCUGAACAUACGUUUGCAAGGCAUCCCAGAAGAGAUUGUUGGAGGCGCAAUUUUUGUUCAAAGAAUGGUGGCAUCCAUGGGCAUACAAUGCAGAGCAGAAGCCCCAGCUAUUCUGUUUUAA